AUGACGGUCCCAAUUCUCCUUCCGCUCUCUGCCGCAGUCUUGGGAGCCACUGGCCUCAUCACGUUUCCUGGAGUCUUUGCCAGUUUGGCCCAAGCCCGACACCGCACGCCUCCGGACAACUUCUAUCAAGAUGUUGAUGGUAAGGCUACGCCAGAGUCAAUGGCUGCGUUUUCGAACAAGAAGCCGAAAGCUUGUAUCCUGGUUUUUUCUGUGCUUGGCUUUGGACUCUCCGUUACUACUACCGUUUUGUCCAUCCUUAACCCCCUUGGUGAUGGCCUGAACUUGGAAAAUUGGCUCACCACCGGGACUUGGGCAGCCAUUGUCUUGCAGGCCGUCUGUAUUGGUGCCCAGCAUUCGCCUGUCAAGUCUCACGACCUCGGCCUUUGGACCUUUCUCUCUUCCCUAAUCACUGUCGCCGUUAGUGCUGCCCAAGUCUACCAUGUGAGCAAUUUUGCAUCGCCAGGAAAAGACGUCAAUCUCAUUGUGCGAAUCGUUAAUGCCGUCAUUCUCAUUCCCCUGGCCUUUUCUUGCAUAAGCCUGCCUCGACGACCGGACGUUUUCUACAAUGGCGAAAAAGUUGAUGCAGAGUGGUCCACCACCGUUCUAAGUCGGUAUACCUGGAGCUGGGCCAAUGACCUCCUGGAGACGGCCAAGAGAAAGGGCGAUUUGGAUGAGAAAGAUAUCCCUAGACCCGACCACACUAUCCGAGCAGAGUCGCUUGUCGACGCUUGGAACAAGGCAAACUACCAGGGCAGCCUCUUGAAAUCCUUGCUUGUAGCCUACGGUAGACGUCUUGUAUUUCAAUGGGCCAUCAUUGUUUUCCGAUGUAUCAUUGGUCUUGGUCCAUUCUGGACUAUGCUCCGUCUUGUCCAGAUGCUUGAAGACCGCGAUGCUGGUAUUGUAGCAUCUCGUGAGCUGUGGGUUCUCGUGUUUCUCAUGGGACUCUUCACUCUCGCCGAACAGUGGCUGGACGGCUGGAUUGUCUGGUUUUCCAUCACCAAGUUGUUUGCUCCGGUCAGAGGACAGCUCGCAGCCCUAAUCUUUGAAAAAUCUCUUCGACGAAAGAAUGUUAAAACCGCAGAGAAAACUAAAGAGGACGAAUCGUCCGAUGACGCAAAGGGCAAUGAUAAGGACAAGGGCAAGAAAGAAGAAGCUCGAGACGAUGAAGACAGUGUACUGAAGUCGCGCCAGGCAAUUGUGAACCUCGUUGGUGUGGAUACCAAACACAUUGCCGACUUUGCAAUGAUGCAACUCUUCAUCAUUAGUAGCAUUGGUAAACUUCUUGUUUAUUCUGGCUAUCUUGUUAAGCUCAUUGGCUGGAUACCAUUUGGUGCUGGUAUUCUGGCCUGGUCCCUUGUUCUUCCUGCGAACACUGUUGCCGCCAAAUUCUAUCUCAAGGCCGAGACGCGACUGAUGAAGAACCGUGAUAAUAAAUUGGCCGUUAUAAACGAGGCCUUGCUAGGCAUGCGACAAAUCAAAUUUUCAGCGCUGGAAGCCCAAUGGGAAAACAAGAUCCUUGAAAUGAGAGAGAUCGAAAUUUCUUCGCUGAAGGAUGUGUUCAAGGCUGACAGCAUGCUAUUCUUUUCUUGGGUGGCGAGCCCUAUUCUUCUUGCAGCAGCGUCUCUGGCGGUGUACGCUGUUGUCAACGGAAUUCUUGCGCCAUCUGUCGCCUUUGUCAGUAUCGGAGUCUUCAAGAGUUUGGAGGUAUCGCUAUCAGCUCUCCCGGAACUCCUAACUGGGGGCAUUGACACCUUGGUCUCAGUUAGACGUAUCGAUAAAUAUCUAAAAGGUCCCGAAAUGAAGAACAUUCUCACCGAAGGCCACGAUGUGGCCUUUGACAAUGCGACAAUUGCUUGGCCUGUUGACGACGAAGUCCCAGACGAUGAUCGAUUCAUUCUGAACAACGUUAAUCUUUCUUUCCCGGCCGGUGAAUUGUCCGUCAUUUCGGGGAAAACUGGAUCGGGAAAAAGUCUCGUGUUGAAUGCUCUCCUUGGGGAGUCGGACCUCUUGGAAGGAAACAUUUUUGUGCCUCGAACUGUUCCUCCCCUGGAACGACAUGAUGGCAAGGCACACCCCGGAAAUUGGAUUCUUCCCGGUGCUGUAGCCUACGUUGGCCAGAAUCCGUGGCUUGAGAGCGCCUCACUCCGUGACAACAUUCUUUUUGGUUUGCCUUUCAUUGAGAGCAGAUACAAUACUGUUCUUGAUGUUUGCGCUUUGAAGAGAGAUAUUGAAAUCUUGAAUGAUGGCGACAAGACUGAGUUGGGCGCCAAUGGCAUCAAUCUCAGUGGCGGUCAAAAGUGGCGACUUACUCUAGCUCGUGCUAUUUACUCUCGAGCCGAAAUCCUCAUCAUGGAUGAUAUUUUUAGUGCUGUGGAUGCCCAUGUUGGCAGACAGAUCUUUGAAAGGUGCAUAUCUGGUCCGAUCUGCAAAGGCAGAACCCGAAUUCUUGUCACCCACCAUGUCGCUUUAGUUGAACCCAUCACCAAGUAUCUUGUCGAACUCGGAGAGGGAACAGUCCUCCAUGCUGGUCUUACGUCCGACCUCGCUGAAGAUGGCACUCUCGAACUCAUUAAGAGCCACGAACAAACUCAACUAGAAGUCUAUGUUGAAGACACGACUGACGGCGCAACCGCCGUCAACUCCGAGGCAGUUUCUGUUGAGGAAGCUGUGGACCUCGAAGAGUCCGAAAACGCAUUGCACAAAGUUCCAUCUCAGACCGCCAAGAAGUUCGUGGAGGAUGAAGCUCGUGCAAAGGGGAAUGUCAAAGCCCGUGUGUACGGCACCUUCCUCAGCAGCAGCGGCGGAUGGUUUUUCUGGGGUGUCUGCAUCCUUUUGUUCAUUGCCUUUGAAGCCGGUAAUCUCGGACGCAACUGGUGGGUACGUAUUUGGACAGGUGCCUCUGAGGAGCACACAUUUGUGAAUGCGUCUCGUGAACAUGGUAUGGUGUAUGGUCUAUCAUAUGAGCACAGCACCCUACACUCAGCCUCCGCUUCUCGACUCGUAACGUAUAGUGAGGAGCAUAGCCAUACCAUGUCGUAUUACCUUUGGAUCUAUGUAGCUAUUGCUACGGCAAGUGGAAUUAUUGGUACUUUGCGAUUUGUCUGGUCCUUUAUUAUGAGCAUCAAGGCUGCCAGGACACUGUUCCGCAGAAUUCUCUUCACAGUUUUGCGAACUCGGUUGCGUUGGCUAGACACCGUUCCUGUCGGUCGUGUUCUUAACCGUCUGACCGCCGAUUUUGAUAUCAUCGACAACCGAAUCACUAUGGACCUUGGCUUUAUGUUCUGGCGUGUCUUGGGCCUGAUGGGCGUCUGCGUGGCGGCUCUCUUGGUUUCUACUCUCAUGCUUCCUUUGGCGCUCGUAUUGUUAUUUGUUGCUAGUUUCAUCGCUAUCCGAUUCUUGACUGGCGCACGGCCGGUGAAAAGAAUUGAGAGCAAUGCCAAAUCACCAGUCUUUGAGCUUUUCAACUCGUCGCUGUCGGGCGUGUCUACCUUGCGAGCCUUCAAGAAGACUCAGACCUACGUCGGUCAAAUGCACUCUUACCUUGAUAACUGGGACACAGUCUCUGUCCAUAUUUGGACUCUGAAUCGUUGGUUGGGUUUCCGUAUGGCACUAAUAGGGACCGUCUUCACCACCAUGGUUGGUGCCAUUGUUGUUGGCUCCUCAUUUGUUAAUGCUGCCAUGGCUGGAUUUACUUUAUCAUUCGCUCUUGACUUCUCUGGCAAUAUGCUCAUGGCCAUCCGAGGGUAUGCGUCCUUGGAAUUAGACAUGAAUGCUGCCGAGCGCGUGAUUGAAUACACGGAAGUCGAGACCGAGGACUUGGGCGGGGAGAUUCCUCCUGCUUCGUGGCCUACCACUGGCACUAUGGAGGUCAAGGAUCUUGUCGUCAGUUAUGCGGACGACUUACCUCCCGUUUUGAAGGGAAUAUCGUUCGAUGUUAAAAACAAUGAACGCAUCGGAGUCAUCGGCCGCACUGGUGCUGGCAAGUCGUCGCUGACUCUGGCGCUCUUCCGAUUCCUUGAAGCUAGGUCUGGUCAAGUCUUCAUUGACGGAAUUGACAUUUCCAAGAUUCGACUCCACGAUUUGCGAUCUCGUCUUGCCAUUAUUCCCCAGGAUCCUGUGCUUUUUUCCGGUACUGUUCGGAGUAAUCUUGAUCCUUUCGACGACCAUACAGACGAUGAAUUGACCGAUUGUCUGUCGCGAGUCCACUUGGUCGAUUCUGCUCCAGCCACUCCCGCCAACGAGGCAUCUUCGACUACUGGGUCGACCAUUGCCCCCAAGAAUACCAACAUCUUCCGCGACUUGUCCAGCGGCAUUUCAGAGUCUGGCGGCAAUUUGUCUCAAGGCCAGCGUCAGCUUCUCUGCAUUGCUCGAGCUAUUGUUUCGCGUCCGAAGGUUAUGGUCCUGGAUGAGGCUACGUCCGCUGUGGACAUGGCCACCGAUGCUCUCAUCCAGCGCAGCAUUCGAGAGGAGUUUACUGACAGCACCCUCAUUGUUAUUGCUCACAGAUUAAGUACCAUUGCCGACUUUGAUCGCAUUCUCGUACUGAGUGAGGGUACUGUUGCUGAAUUUGGCUCGCCUCGUGAACUAUGGGAGACCGAAGGCAGCAUCUUUAGAGAUUUGUGCGAACACAGUGGAGAGAAGGCCAAGCUGAAGGAAGUCAUCUUGAGCAAAUUACGCUGA